AAAAGUUACCAGGUCCGAGAAACCGCACCCAAAUCCCUAGAUCCACCCUUGCUAUUCUUAUUCUAACAUUACUGAAUCAUGCAUCUUUUUUGAUCUUGUAAAUUUGUUGGAUAUGCUCAAAUUUGACCUCUCGUUGCUUAAUUUACAGGAAAAAUUCGGAGCUUCUUGGACUAUAAUUGCCUCUACCUUUUUGAAUGAAUAUCAGAAGGGCUUUUACGAGUUCAAGGACGAAUGCAAUACUGAGAAGAAAAUUGCAUCUGCGCUGAAGUCAGUCUUGGAAACAUCCAUGUUUGUAGAGAGUGAAGAGAAACUACGACGAAAACUCUUUGAUCUUCUGCAGAAUGUGGCGCUUAUUAAAGAUCCAGAAGAUCCAAGAAAGUUUUACCCUCGCUUCAAUGUUGAAGACACAACAAGCUUUAUGGAUUUGGAUCAGCACAGUCAAAAUGUCCUAAAAAGAUUAUACUAUGAUUACUACUUCCAUCGACAAGAAGGUCUUUGGCGUGACAAUGCCUUUAAGACUCUGCCUGUUCUUUUGAACUCAUCAGACAUGCUCGCUUGUGGGGAAGACCUAGGCCUAAUUCCCUCCUGUGUUCAUCCUGUUAUGCAAGAACUGGGCUUAGUAGGCCUACGCAUUCAACGCAUGCCAAGUGAACCUGAUCUAGAAUUUGAUAUUCCUUCUCAAUACAACUACAUGACGGUUUGUGCUCCAUCAUGCCAUGACUGUUCUACUCUACGUGCUUGGUGGGAGGAAGAUGAAGAGAGAAGGCACCGCUUUUUUCAAGCAGUGAUGGGAUCUGAUGAGUUGCCACCUGAUCAAUGCACUCCUGAAAUUGUGCACUUUGUCUUGCGACAGCAUGUUGAAGCCCCAUCAAUGUGGUCAAUAUUUCCCCUCCAGGAUUUGCUAGCACUUAAAGAAGAUUACACGACACGACCUGCAGUGGAAGAGACUAUCAAUGAUCCAACAAACCCAAAACAUUAUUGGCGAUAUCGUGUACACGUGACAAUGGAGUCCUUGCUUAAUGAUAAAGACCUCACAAAAACAAUAAAGGAUCUCGUCCGUCGGAGUGGAAGAUUUUACCCUCAGAAAGAUCUGGAAUCAGGUCAGGCAAUUGGUGAAGGAUCAGCGAAGCUGCAGCUACAGAGUGAACACCCUUCACAAACACAGAAAAAUGGACUCUCCAACAAAUAAGCCGUGGCAUUUGUAUGACUAUAAAACAAUUUCCGUCUUUUAGAUGCUCAGGUCAAAGACCAAACAAAUAAAUCCUCCAUGGCCUAGUCCGUCAUGUGGUUCAAUAGCUUGUCUUGCUUCAUCAUUAAACUGGAUUUGAAGCUAUAUUUCAUCAAAGAAAUAAAGGAAUCAUUGUAUGUUACUCUUUCGAUUCUCUUCAAGUGAUGAAACUUGGUCAAAGAUCAAGCCCUUUACUUGGUGUUAAAUAUUUGUAUAUGAUUUAUCUUUAAUCUUCCAUA